CACGUGAUCAUGGCGCAUAGCAACGCCUGCUAUAUAUUCCGCUCCUGGAGCCUCGCUGGCAAACAGAGAAAUCCUCACGCACAGAGAAUACCAUGGUGUACACAAGGGCGAUUGUGGGGCUGCUGGCAUUGUGUGCUGUGGCUCAAUGCCAGCGAUUUGAUGCACUGAACAAAUAUAUCAUCGACAAAGCCGCGGGCACCUCCAUACCAGUCAGUGCCACCAGCAAGUCACUUAAUGUAUCGAUAGGGAUGACCCUCAUACAGCUAACCUCACUAGACUCAAAGUCCGGCGAUGCUGAGCUAGAAGCAUGGAUGACCUUUCAAUGGACAGACACAAGGCUGUCGUGGGAUUCUGCAACUUUCAAUGAUGUAACAAUUACCCGCAUUCCAGUAUCCAAGAUCUGGAACCAUGAUGUUAUUCUCUUCAACGGAAAGACAAGUGCCUCAGAAACCCUUGCCGUGGUGCACAGUGACGGAAGUAUCUUGCAUAUGCCCCCCACCACUAUCAAGACACGUUGUGACGUCAACAACUACACUACCGACGGCACCGUCACCUGCAGUCUCAAAUAUGGAUCGUGGACGUACGAUGGGUUUCUGCUCAACCUGGUGUCUCGUUCGACGAGUGUAGAUGUAUCAUCGUACGAGUCGGGUGGGAUAGCGUGGCAUUUGACCGAUCACGCGGCGACAAGGGAAGUCAAUCACUACCCAUGUUGCUCGGAGCCCUACGUGGAUGUAACCUUCACCUUAACCUUCCAGGUUAAAGGUCAAAGAUACAGCGGAUGGAGCAUAUUUUCCUGAUUUCAUUGUGCAAGUCUUCUGGAACGUGACCAAAGUAUUAUUUUAGUAUCCACUUCAUGUGAAAGUAGUUGGUUUAUUAUUCAGUCGUAGCCAGGGCUACAAGAGGACUCACAUUUUAUCGCCUGCAGUUUUGAAAUACUGAAGUGUCUAAUUUCAUCUCUCUGUAAUAAUGCAUGCACAUUUAUCAUAAAUAUUGCUUUUUGUUAACAGUGCACAUUCACUACUUACACGCACAAUGUCAGUAUGAAGUUUCUACAUAUGAAAUAAAUUCUUGACCAUA